UGUGACGUCUUUUGGCCAUUAUCUACACAACGCCGCCCGAUAUUACGAUUCUGAGAGCGGCAUGAUAACCAGUGCAACCUGAGCUUCCAGCGCUCCAAUUUUUGAAGGAGGCUCGAUUGGCGUUGAUGGAGAUUGAGGGGGUCACGCGAAACGAGGGCGCCCGUGAUAGCCACGAAAGCCCCAGUCCGCCUCCGCCCGACAAUCAUCGAUUAGAAAAAGACAUCGACGAAACCUCCGCAAACAACACAGAUGCCGUUGACAGCACUCCAAUCCCCGAUGCACAUGUCGCCGAUGCAUCCCGACCAGCCUCACCAACCGACAAGCUUGCCGUCGACUCUGACUCUCCCCUUAGCUCCGAGGACGAAAUCGAGUUCGACGCGUCUGAUCGUCCUUCGACACCACCUGCUACCAACGGCAAGAAGCGCAAGCUCGCCGACCUUCAACCCGACUCUCGCUCCCGAUCCGCUUCGAAGCCCAUCUCGCCGCCAUGGAAGUCGUUUGCGGCCGACGGUCCUACCACAAUUUUGGACAAUGGAAAGAGAAGAUCGGGUCGCGUGAAUGCGCCAGCACCCCCAGUCUUUGAAAAGGCCACGCCGAAGUCUAAGAAGGCAGCUGCAAAGACGCCAGCAAGCAAAGGCUCAGUCGUGAAGAAUGCUCAAACUGCUCAACAGACAAGUCAUGCAAAGCCGAAGGAAACGCCAGUUCCCAAGCGCGAAAAGACUCCUCCUCGCCCUUCUCGUGUAUCUGCCCGGAUUAAGAAUCUAGAAACAUCUCCGGAAGUCGUCAAGAAAGAGGAGCCCGCUCCAACACCCAUUUCUCCACAAGUCAAGCGCAAAGCUGGUCGUCCUGCAAAAGCCGAGCAACAGCCUCUCACCGAACCACAGCUUCCUGCUUCACCCGACAAAUCGUCGUCGAACCCGCGCAUUAAGCUUAAGCUCAAGCGACCACAAUUCUCCUUCCUGCCUCGUCAUCCCAGUCAUGUCAUCAAUCCACCACUUUUCCAGUCUCUCGACGAUAUCAUCGCACAUUACGAUCAGAAGAGCAAAGACUCUGCAUAUCAGAGCAGAGAGGAUGACAGAUACGAGGGUCUCGAGCGCCGUUUGCCUGAACGGAUUGAACAGGCACCUGAAGAAAGAGCUGAGAAAGAAGCUUUGGCACGUUUAAGAAUUCUAGAAGCUGCUCAACCUGGAGGUCCUUUGAGCGAGGAGAAGAGUUCGGUUUACCUGCCUGAUGACCAGAAAGAGCCCGCGCAACAAUACAACCACUGGGACCAUCUCUGUGCUCAUGGCUUCUACUUCAAGUCACUGAUGGAGAAAGAGAAACGCUCACACAUGGAAAGUGCCAAAAGAGUUGCAUACGCUUGCUUGGCCAAAUGGAAGGAGAGGCAACCUCAGACUGAGGAAGAAAAGGAAAAGCAGGAAAAUGAGUGGUACAGACUCAUCUAUCGACAGACUGUCAAAGACAUUCAGCGAAAAUGGGAGCUUGUUGGUGCUGAGAUCGAUCGUCGACGAGCGACACGUUAUGAGGAAGAGCAAAGGAUUGAACGAGAGCUUAAGAUGCAGAGCAUGUUGGAAAAAUCGACAACUUUGCUGGACAAGCGUCGCGCUUUACUGGAUUCUGGUCUAUCUGUAGAUGGCGAGGACGACGAUGAUGUUAGCUUGAGCGAAGGCGCCUCUGCCGACGAAGAAGGAUCAGACAUGUCUGGCCCCGAACAAGACGAAGACCAUCGCAUGACAUCUUCUGAAUCCGAAGGCAGCGACAAUGAGGAAGAAGAUGAUGAUGAUGUCAACUUGUCACCUGAAGCGUUGCGCCGGAAAUACAGUAACAUACCAGACUUACCGCAAGAUCAAUCCGAUGAUGAAGCUAGCGACAUGGAUGUCGAUGAAGACGAAGACCAAGAGUUGGCAGAGUCGAAAGUCACGAAUGACAAUUCCGACGAAGACGAGGACGAAGAAAAUGAGACCGGAGCCGAGAGCGAGCAAGUCCAGGAAGAGCGGGAUUAUUCGAAGGUUCAGCUUGAAGAAGUGGAUGACGCGCUUCUUGACGACAGCGAUGAGUCUACCGAUAUGAGUGACGAAGAUAUGAGCGACGAGGAAGAAGAUGAUGAAGAGGAGGAGGAAGACGAGAGUGAAGACGAAGAUGAUGGUGGUCUGCUCGGAUUCUUUGGUGGGCGAAAAGCACUCGCGAAAGAGACUGAGCCCACUGAGGAUGCUGACAAGCCUGAAGAGGUCGAAGGAUUGGCUGAGCGACGAGAUGAAAAAGUUGAACAUGUUCAAGCCGCGGUGGAAGACGACUCAGUCAAAGCUAUUCAGGAGUCCUCCGACCAAGCUGAACUUGUCCAGGCGAAUGAAGUCACCUCUGAGAAAGUCGUUGUCAACACCGAGCUUGGCAACGACCGCAAGGUGGAUGCAGCAGAGGCCAUGGAGGUUGACGAGGGCGACGUCACGAUGCCGCUCGCCACGAAUGCUGACGCGCCGACAGUCGUUCUGGAGGAACAAGCGGUUGCUUCUGCUCAACAAGAACAUCCGCCUGCACUAUCUGUGGAUAUUGAUGUUGAGGAGACCAGACCUCUGCGAAACCAUCCUCAAUCGCUCAGUCCUCACCAUAACAUGCUAUCAGCAGACUCUCACGGAGAGGAUCGAAGCAGUCAGACCUCUCCAAAGGACGAUACCACAAUCGAGCCCACAGAAGCCGAAUCAACUACCAGUGUUGAUCUAGACGAAACCGACCGCAUGUCCGAAACCAGCGAUACCCCUCAACCUGGAAAGUCAACCAAAGUCAAAAUCCCUUCUCUGCUCAGAGGUACUCUCAGAGAGUAUCAACACGAGGGUCUUGAUUGGCUGGCAAAACUAUACGCCAACCAGACCAAUGGUAUUCUGGCAGACGAGAUGGGUCUCGGCAAGACUAUCCAGACGAUUGCGCUUUUGGCACACCUCGCGGAAGAGCACCACAUCUGGGGUCCUCAUCUCAUUGUUGUACCUACCUCGGUCAUUCUCAACUGGGAGAUGGAGUUCAAGAAGUUCUUGCCUGGCUUCAAAGUCUUGUCUUACUACGGUUCUGUUGAGGAGCGAGCACAAAAACGAAAAGGCUGGAGCAACCCAGACAUCUGGAACGUGGUCAUCACUUCGUACCAGCUCAUCUUGAAGGACUUACCAGCUAUCAGAGUACCCGAGUGGCAUUACAUGAUUUUAGAUGAAGCGCACAACAUCAAGAACUUCAACUCGCAACGUUAUCAAGCCAUGAUCAGACUCAAGACUCAUGCCCGACUAUUGUUGACUGGUACUCCUCUCCAAAACAGCAUCAUCGAAUUGUGGUCUCUGCUUACCUUCUUAACGGCCGGUCAAGAUGGACAAGGUAUGGGUGAUCUCGAAGAGUUCACGGAGUGGUUCCGCAGACCUGUGGAUGAGAUCUUUGUGGAUGGCAAGAGCAAGCUUGGCAACGAAGCUCAAGACAUUGUCAACAAGCUGCAUCAUUCACUUCGACCGUACCUUCUGCGUCGCUUGAAGUCUUCCGUCGAAAAGCAAUUGCCUGGCAAAUACGAACAUACCGUCAUCUGCAGGUUGUCGAAACGCCAACGUCAGCUUUACGAUGCUUUCAUGGGUCUUUCUGAUACCAAGGCGAAGUUGACUUCUGGUAACAUGAUCAGUGUGUCGCAAGCUUUGAUGUCGUUGCGAAAGGUCUGCAACCACCCGGAUCUCUUCGAGGAGCGUCCUAUUGUUACUUCUUACGCCAUGAAGAAGCCUUACACCCGCCAACCACGAUCAAUUGCAGCAGAUUUCGAGAUCAAAGACUUGUUCUUGCGCAAGAAGAUGCUGAACCAAGACCCUCAUGAGGUGCUUGAUUUGGACUUUUUGAGCCUCAACCUCACAAGCCGAGAGUCGAGAUCGAGAUAUCACGUCAGACGCAGCAAGCAGCUCAGAGCCAGCCGGGCCAUGGACCAGAUCGUACGCAGAGAAGUCGAAAGGCUAGGCAACCACACUCCUGACAAUUCUUCGUUUGUCUCUAUCAUGGGCCAACAGAACCACAUGACUGCUAUGGAUAAGCUGAAUCGCUUGCGCCAGUGUGCUUUCUUGACAGAGCAACGAACCGAGUUUGCACCUGUCUAUGGUACCGACCUCAUCGAGAGAUGCACGACAUACACAUCCGACCGCUUAAGGCAAUCGCCUCCUCGCGACAAAGCUCUUCAUUCAGAGUGGUACUUGGAGUCUUCGUCUCUAGUCCACAAAAUGGUCAAGAGUGUUGAUCAACGUUCCGAGGCAAUGAACACGCUCAUCCGCAAGUUCGCAUGCAUCACCCCGAAUGCAGUGGCAUCAGACAUCCUUCCAUACAUGGUUCCUCGCAAGACAAUUUACAGCGUUCAAUCAGCUUCACGAUCCCCCGACCCAGACGCCUUCCACGAAUCUCGCGUACGCCUCUCAAUCGCCUUCCCGGACAAGCGCCUGCUUCAGUACGACUGCGGCAAACUUCAACGCCUCGCAGACCUCCUCCGCGACCUCCAAUCCCGCGGCUCUCGCGCCCUCAUCUUCACCCAAAUGACCUCUGUCCUCGACAUCCUCGAACAAUUUCUCAACAUCCACGGCUACCGCUACCUCCGCCUUGAUGGUAGCACGAAGAUUGAACAGCGUCAAGACAUGAUGGAGCGUUUCAAUCGUGACACUCGUAUCGAUGUAUUCAUCCUGUCUUCACGCUCCGGAGGUGUAGGCAUGAAUUUGACCGGUGCUGAUACAGUCAUCUUCUAUGAUCUCGACUGGAAUCCACAGAUGGACAAGCAGUGUCAAGAUCGUGCUCACCGUAUCGGACAAACUCGCGACGUACACAUUUACAAGUUUGUCUCCGAGCACACCAUCGAAGUCAACAUUCUGCGCAAGUCGAAUCAGAAGCGUUUGCUCGAUGAGGUCGUCAUCCAAGAGGGAGAGUUCACGACCGACUACUUCAACGCUCCUGCCGCCACUGUCGACGACGAAGCUCUUGGCGACGCUUUCGCCGGCGCAGCAGUAGAGAGAGUUUUCGGCGCUAACGUCGGCGAGAGAAACGUGCAGAAGGUUCUUGAAGCUGUUGAAGAUGCAGAGGAUGUUGCCGCUGCUCAUGCGCAGGCGAAGGAAGUCACGGCUGAUGAUUUCGACUUUGAUGGUGGUGGUGGUGGUGGCAAUACCGCAGCUCAAAGCCGAGACUCGAGAACGCCAAAGACCAGUGUACCUGCUACACCUGCUGAACCUGCUGAUGGCAUCGACGUUGCAGACGUGGAGAAACUUGAUGGCGGAGAGGAUGUCGGACAUGUGGAUGAGUACAUGCUCAAUUUCCUGGACUGGGCACUCAAGGACGUCAAAUACGUUCCUCCGCCCGACAAAUCUCGCAGAGGAAGACUAGACAAGCACGGAAGAGAUCGCAGCCAUCGUCCUCGUGUGCGAUAGUAUUGAGCAUGUUGUGGACUUGUUUUUUGCAUAGCGAUGGCUUUUUUUGUCUGUUUUACUACUACCAUUCUUUUCUUGGGAAGACACAUUCCUCAUUGUACGAUUAUUAUACUACUAUUCACUACCUGUAGCUUCAGAGCUUGUUUUUGGCAUCAAUUCCAAUUUGAAUCAACAAUCAUCAUAAGACGA